AUGGUAGAUUCCAGCCGUCCCACGCGGCCAUCUCUCGGCCAAAUGCGCAGCAGCUCAUUCCUGCAAGACCACCAACAAUACAAGCCAAUGGCUCCAAUCAACCAGAUCAACCCAAACAUCAGCGAGGUUCUAGCCAACCAAGUGGACGAAAACCUAGUGCUGAACGCAAACCCAAUCAAGCCGGAUCCCGAGCGCGUCACUGACAGCGGAAUUAUCCACAACAUCUUCAACCACCACGAGAACCCCCUCCCAAGCGGCACGGCGCAAAUCGUCGCGACAAUCUACUACAAAUCCGCCAAUCCGAUCCACCCCCACUUCCACCCCGAUGCGACGCCCCGUCCUGCAGCCGGUGGUUCCCUCCCAGCACCAACCGUGCCCGAGGGUUCAGCUCCGACAGAAGAUAUGGACAAGUUCCCCCGCGAGCCACCCGCGCCAGAGCCUGAGCCGCUGGAUCACCUUUACGGACCGUACGUCUCGCAGAUGUGCCUGACGAACUUCCUUCAGAUUUUGGAAACUUUGCCUACGCCCUACCAGCGCAUGAACACCUCCCACCGCUGCCUGGAUCGCGAGGAGCACCCCCGCGUCGUGGAAGUCACUUUCUCUCCCCCGCCAAACCCGGAUUAUCUCUCGUUCCCGGAUCUGCGGAAGCACGAGAGUAUCUGGCGCUUUGAGCGCGAGUGGAACGUUGAGGUUGUCUUGCAGAAGGAGAGCGUGUUCCGCCGGCACAAGCGCCUGGCUGUGUUCGAUAUGGACAGCACUUUGAUUGACAACGAGUGCAUUGAUGAGAUUGCCAAAUUCAUUGGUGUUGAGAAGCAGGUUUCCGAAAUCACCGAGCGCGCCAUGAACGGCGAACUGGACUUCUCUGCGUCCUUGAAGGAGCGCGUCGGCUUGCUGAGCGGUGUUCCCGCAGACGUCUUUGAGAAGCUGAAGUCCGUGCUGAAAAUCGCCAAGGGUGCCCGUGAGCUCUGCCGAGCAUUGAAGACUCUGGGCUACACCCUUGCCGUGGUCAGCGGUGGUUUCCAGCCUCUCGCCGAGUGGCUAGCUGAACAGCUGGGCAUCGACAUUGCCGUUGCCAACCACCUCGAAAUCGACGAGGCCAGCCAAACCCUAACCGGCAAGCUCGUGUCCUCGUACCCCAUCAUCGACGCUGCGCAGAAGCGCACACUCCUCAAGUCCAUUGCAGCCGAGCGCAACAUUCCCAUCUCGCAAACAAUCGCCAUUGGCGAUGGCGCUAACGACCUACUCAUGCUGCACGCUGCCGGCCUCGGCGUUGCCUGGCGCGCCAAGUCCAAGGUCCAGCUGGAGGCGCCGACCCGCAUCAACGGCGAGAGUCUGGUCGAUGUCCUUUACCUGCUUGGAUUGGACAACGACGACAUCGCGGAGUUGACCUCCCAAUGA